GGGAGACAGGAAGGGAAGGAACCAUUUUCCAACAGGGAGGUGCUAUGAAAGUCGAAACCGUGUUAAAGUUACUGUACUUCGAAACGCUGACAAGAGUUAUGAGUGACUUCUGCUGACACAUGGGACAACAUGGGGGAAGAGAUAAACGGUGGAGUCGAUGAAUAUCACCCUGAGGCCGUACAACACAUCUUAUAUGCUGCUGAAAAGAGGCCCAGAUGCUCCAGAAUGGAUCAGGCACUUCCCAGCCAGAGCUCAGCUUCGGACCUGCUCGAAACAGACAGUGAGGAACUCACCCUCAGAGUGGACUUCUUCAGGAAACUGGGUUACCCCUCAGCAGAGGUGAAGACUGCUCUGAGGAAGCUGGGCCUGGGCACAGACACUAACUCUGUGUUGGGAGAGCUGGUCCGAAACAGGACCAGCUCUGCACUCUCCAUGUCCAGUUCUGACAGUGAUGAGAGGGGCACAGACCAAAAGGACCCUCUGCUGCCUCCCAGUUGGACCCUUGGACGUAAGAGAUUCACACCCCAAGAGCAGAAGAAUACCGACACUGAAUUGAGGCCUGUUGUUAUCGACGGCAGUAAUGUUGCCAUGAGUCACGGCAACAAGGAAGUGUUCUCAUGCCGAGGCAUCCAGCUAGCAGUGAACUUCUUUAUGGACCGAGGUCAUAAUACUAUUACUGUGUUUGUUCCCACUUGGAGAAAAGAGCAGCCCAGACCUGACGCCCCCAUAACAGAUCAACACAUCUUGAUGGAGCUUGAAAAGCGGAAAAUUGUGGUCUUCACUCCUUCACGCCGUGUUGGGGGUAAGCGAGUGGUUUGCUAUGAUGACCGCUUUAUCGUCAAGUUGGCGUAUGAGUCAGACGGAGUGAUCGUAUCGAAUGACACCUACCGUGACCUCCAAGGAGAAAGACCUGAGUGGAAGAAAUGCAUCGAGGAGAGGCUCCUCAUGUACUCCUUUGUGAAUGACAAGUUCAUGCCCCCAGAUGACCCUCUGGGUCGCCAUGGCCCCAGUCUUGACAACUUCCUUAGGAAAAAGCCUCUGCCUACAGAGCAAAAGAGACAGCCCUGUCCGUAUGACAAAAAGUGCACUUAUGGCAUCAAAUGUAAGUUCUACCAUCCAGAGCGGUCAAACCAGUCUUACCUGUCAUUGGCGGAUGAAUUGAGAGAAAAAGCCCAGAUUUCUACUGUAAAAGAAGAGAGAAAUGUCAGAUUAUCACCCAGACAACUUCAGUCUGAACCUGUGCCUGCUCAUAAACCCUGCUCCCAUCCUCACGACUCUAACACAGAGUACAUAAGAGACCAGCAAAGUCCUUCACAUGCUGGUCAGGUUAGUGAAAAUUCACUGCUGUACUGGGAGGAUGCUAGAAAAAGUCCAAAUCAUAUGCCCUGUUCUGCAACAGGAAGCCAGUGUCAAAAAGAUUGGUCUGGGCUGCACUCAAUGCCCAGUCAUUACUAUGCCAACAUGUCUCAGUACCUGGAUUCUGGCCUUGGCUCUUAUGAAAGCCACUACUCUGACUUUUCACAUUACCCCAGCAACUCCCAGAGGCUCAGGCCCCAGCAGCCUGUCCUCAGUGGACCCAGACAUGCCUCAGUGCAUUUAGAGAAAAAUAACAGCAGCCAGUCUUGCAGGUGCUUUUCUCAUGUAGUGCCCCCAGCAGCUCAUCAGCAGCAACAUCACGGAAACCUGGACUCCAAGGGUCAAGCCAAAUACGACACCUACCCACCUCACAUGUUCCCACCUGGUGUGCCACAGCAACACAGCCUCCCCAGUCAUCUUCAUUACAGCGGAGCCACACAUCAUCAGCAAAAUUACUGGUCAGACCCCUUUCAGGGGCUGCCCCAAGCCAGGACAUCGCAUAGUCUCCCCUCUUCAGUUAAUACCUCAUACUCGCACAACUCUUGCUGCUCUUAUGGCCCUCAGUACCAUUACUGGGACCAACAACAGUCAUACACUCCUGCGUUUGACCCACAGAGGUUGGAACUCCGCAAGAAACUGCAAGCCAUCUUCAACCCACAUCAGGUGGAUACAGUCAUGGAAAUGUUUCCACAUCUGAUGGACGCAGAGAAACUGGCCGCAGAGAUCCUCAAUCUGAAGACUCAGAGAGGGAUAUUCUGAUGAUUUUCUUUCCUUGCAUCCUCUUCAGUCAGAACUAACAUGACAUUUGUGUUGACACUGUCAUAGCAAACAGAGAAUCUCUUGGAUAGGUUUUAUAGUGCCUAUCGUUAAGUGAUUUAAAGGCUAAUUGCAAAGAUGUUUCAUUCUGUCUAAUGUGCCAUUAUGGACGUGCAACUUUCUACUACCAGUUUAGAUAAUCUGGUCUGAGCUGUAUGUAAUUGUAUGACAUUGUAGUCAAAUGUGAUCUUGUCAUCCUUGUUCUGGAUGAAAAGUGCCUCUAGAGCAAAAAAUUGUUUCACUAAUCACUAAUUUUCUAGAGUUUUGACUGUUGAUGCAUAUUGUGUCAAAUGUGAUAUAUUUGAAUCAGUAAGUUCUCAUGCAAUAACAAAUUGCUGUACAAAGUGUUACUUUUUCUUUUACUUUCAUUAUAGUUCUUCAAAACAGCUUGGUCUUCAAUAUUAUCUCUGUGAGGUGCAGCCAUAGUAUUUUGUAACAUACAGUAUUUACAGUAAAUGCGAAGCAAAUGAGGAAAUUGAGAACACUUGUAUGUAAAACUAGAAGUUGAUACUGGCGAGAGGAAUUUGCUGGUUCGUCAGCGCCCUUUUCCUGUUAAUCAGCAUCAGUUUCAUAAAACAUUCUCAGAACAGAAGUGCUGCUGUAACACUACACACACAUUUCGGUUAUUGUGUAAUUGAAAAAUGACAAUAAGAAAAUUGAAAUGUAGUUCUCAUGAACUUAUAAGUAUCUGUUGGAAAAUCACAAGUAGUAACCAUGUAUAGGAAAAACCAUGUCACUGAAAAUAAAAAAUGGGACGUGUCAGAUACUAUGCAUGUCAGUUGGACUUACUUGUGAGGUUAGUGCGUACAAUCAGAAAGUCAGGAACUUGGCCUUCAGUAUUGGCACUGACUCAUACUUUCAUCAUAACAUAAGAUUCCUACAAAACUCUCUUUUAAACUAAAUUUCACUUUCACCUUUCUAUUAAAACACUAUUAAAAAACUAGGAAAUGCUCUACACUGCAACUCAUGUUGCAAGCUUUCUAAUCUUUUUGUUUUUAUAGUGUCUGGGGGUGAAAGGUCAGUCUGUGUUUGUGUAUGUAUCUAUCAUGUGACAAUGUGUCAAUUGGACAAAGUUUCUGGUUAUUCUGGAGUUACUGCUGGAUACACACAGCCUACUUUUCUGAAAUGUGCUUUAACUGAGUUGAGAAUUUUUGUCUCAAAGGAUGGCAAUGCCGAUUGGUUGGUUCACCACUGGUCCAGACGGAAUUAUCUCGACAACUAUUUGAUUGAUUGGAAAUUUUGUACAGACAUCCAUUGUGCCAUUUGGGCACAAAUCUUGAAUCUUUUGAGGUGAGCGCUCAGGGCAAGAAAAAAAAACAGGUUUUUAAGACCCACCCUUGAAGUUUUUUAGCCAAACCAGCCCUUGAGCUUGAAAUUCAGAAUUUCUCUGUGAGACUAAGACAGUAUUUUGCUUGUUUUGUGAGCAGACUCAUACACCAACUAACUCUGCUGUCUGUCCAAGCUCACACAAUGGAACUAUGUUUGAUGAAAAUUUUAUUUUUAUUGUAAAUAAGAAACAAGACAUGACACAUUAUAUUAUGUAUUAUAUAUUAUGUACUUUGAUACAAAGAUUUAUCUCAUUAUUAUAAGGUGUAAGAUCCUUGGCCGUAACUACUGUUCUGCCUUCAGUUGGCCCUCUUUCCACCCUCUUUCCACACAUCCAAAUGGGCAGCUCUGCAUGACAGUCUGUGCUUUUGUCAUUCCCAGGCCAUCAGUAACUUGUGGAAUGGUACAAAGGCACCAUAGCCAGGCUUGCUGUAAAGGACAGAAAUAACUGUUAAAAUAAUCUGCAUGUUUUAAGUUAAUUUAAGGAAAAUCUAAAUAAAAGAAAAAGCAGUGCGGAAGUGGUUUUAAAUAGGUUAACUUGGUUUACCCGUGUGAAUGACACGGUAGUUUACAUAUGCUUUCUGUAUUUACCACAAGUCAGAUUUUCAUUGCUGCAGGCAUGAGUUGCUGCAGGUAUGAGUUUACACACCACAUCCGAAGCGCAUGCCUCACUUCUUACAUGCUGUAAUUUGAGCCUGCGAAGUUCACCUCAGCUUGAAAUUUGCAUAUUCAGCUCAGCCACUAAGUGCACAGGAUUUGUUCAAGUAUGUUUGGUAGCAUUGUUUGGCUGUUAAAUUCCUCAGGGCCAGAGUGUGAUGCUUUGAGAGACACUUUAAUGUAAUUGCAUAAGGUUUGGGAAUCACACUUUAAUAACACAUGAUCCUGCCAGAAUAUUAUCAGUCCCUUUAAAUGAACUGUAUAAAUUUGUAAUAUAAAUCAAUGUAAUAAUGCACAAUAAAAUGGGUU